AUGUCAAAAUUUUUUCACAAGGAAACAUUUCCGCUCUUGAAAUACAUGGGAUUCUGGAAACCCCAGGAAUUGUCAAAGUGGAAAUCAAUUCUUUAUGAUAUUUACUCGACUAUAAUAGUAACACUCAUUAUGUCAUCCGGCCUCGCUCAAUUCUUGGGUAUCUGUUUUUUGAGCCACACAAACCUGAGAGUAUUUAUGCAAAAUAUAUUCAUCGGUCUCACAACAAUGUCUAUUUGUUUGAAAGUUGUAAACUGGUUUUACUCUCUUUCGAAAAUCAUAAAUAUCUUAGAAAUGCUAAAGCAACAUCCGUUCGAGUGUCAAACUCGUGAGGAAUAUCUAAUUUAUCAUCGAUUGAGCAGUAAAAAUCGACGCAUUUCUAUUACAUCUCUUACAUACUGCAUGAUGUCGGUGGCAUACUAUUUCAUUGACCAAAUAGUUACAAUUCGACCACAGAGAACAUUACCUCUUAGUGCCUGGUUACCGUAUGAUUACUCCAAUUCAUCAAAAUGGUGGUUUUCAUCAUCAUAUCUUGCACUCGUUCAGUACCUCAUGGCAGUGUUCAACGAGGUAUACAACGUUUUCUUCUUCGAAUUGAUGAUGCAAUCAGUGGCGCAGGUUAAAAUAUUAAAGAAUCGACUCCACGUGAUGAUGACAACAUUAGUAAAAGCUCAUAGCACCAAAAACCAUCUUACCAAGAACGACUUGCUAAUGGAACGUGAAUUGUACCAUAAAUGCGUUCAAUAUCACAUCGCCAUUCUCAGAUUGACGAGAGAUAUCAAUUCGAUCUUUGCACCCAUAAUGAUGGUACAAUAUUUGAUUACUUCGAUUACUCUACCCUCAACUGUUUAUCUCAUUUCCAAAACAAUGAUAUGCUCGAGAGAUUUUUUAAAACUUGGCGCUUACGCCGCAUUCCUAUUGCAGCAAAUGUUGAUACUCUGUUAUGCUGGCCAUCGUACGUAUUUGGAGUUUGAUAGUAUUGGAGAUGUUUUGUACACGUCCGAUUGGAUUGCACUACGUGAAUCCAGCAAGCAAUCAAUGAAGUUGAUGCUGGUCAGUGCUCAGAAACCGUUCGUUUUUGAUUGCUUUGGUAUGCUGAAAUUGGAUAUGGAGGCAUUCAAAAAUGCACUUAUGCUGGCAUAUUCCAUCUACAAUAUUUUUUAA